AAACCCUGAUUGGUCAGGCCUGAGCUGAGUUCUCCAUUUAUGGACAGAUUGCCCGGCCCGAGCCGAGACUCAGCCAGAGGAGUACGGAUUAAGUGGCCGAAGAAAGAGGAACGAGGCAGGCUAGCGAGGCGGACGCUCCAAGUGCAUCGGACUCACCUGGGCCGGCGGCGAGUGGCGGCUCCGAGUGGGCUCCUGCCCUCCGCAGCAUGCGCCGCGCCUGCUAAGUCGCAGCCGUCUCGCUCUCACCUAGCGCCGCGGAUCCCGCCUGGAUGGAGUCCCCCCUGGGUUCCCAUUGGCUCCUGUGAGUGCUUGGGUGUCGGGAGCCUGUUUUUGGCGAGGGGAACCAACUUUUGAAGUUCGCCCAGGAGACUGCGUUCCAGCCCCAGCUCCCCGGCAGCGGGACUCGGCGGAGGCGCGACCGCGGCGCGAGUCACCAUGGGAAGCAAAGGUGCCUACCGAUACCAUUGGCAAAGCCACAAUGUCAAGCACAGUGGUGUGGACGACAUGGUGCUACUCUCCAAGAUCACAGAGAAUUCCAUCGUGGAGAAUCUGAAGAAGAGAUACAUGGACGACUACAUUUUUACAUACAUAGGAUCUGUAUUAAUCUCAGUCAACCCUUUCAAGCAGAUGCCAUAUUUUGGGGAAAAGGAAAUUGAAAUGUACCAAGGAGCGGCACAGUAUGAAAACCCACCACAUAUCUAUGCCCUUGCGGAUAGUAUGUACAGAAACAUGAUCAUUGACAGAGAGAACCAGUGCGUCAUCAUCAGUGGUGAAAGUGGUGCUGGAAAAACAGUGGCUGCCAAAUAUAUCAUGAGCUACAUCUCCAGAGUGUCUGGAGGAGGCCCCAAAGUCCAGCACGUGAAGGACAUUAUCCUACAGUCCAACCCACUGCUGGAGGCCUUCGGGAACGCCAAGACCGUCCGGAACAACAACUCCAGCCGAUUUGGAAAAUACUUUGAAAUCCAGUUCAGUCCAGGUGGGGAACCAGAUGGUGGAAAGAUCUCCAACUUCCUUCUGGAAAAAUCUAGGGUGGUGAUGAGGAACCCAGGAGAGCGGAGUUUUCACAUAUUUUACCAGCUCAUCGAGGGCGCCUCUGCAGAGCAGAAGCACGGCCUUGGCAUCACCAGCAUGGACUAUUAUUACUACCUGAGCCUCUCGGGCUCAUACAAGGUUGAUGACAUUGACGACAGGCGGGAGUUUCAGGAAACUCUGCAUGCCAUGAAUGUGAUUGGGAUCUUUGCAGAAGAGCAAACGCUGGUGUUGCAGAUCGUGGCGGGUAUUCUCCACCUGGGAAACAUCAGCUUCAAAGAAGUUGGCAACUACGCAGCUGUGGAGAGUGAAGAGUUUUUAGCUUUUCCUGCAUAUCUGCUAGGGAUAAACCAGGACCGGUUGAAAGAAAAGCUAACAAGCCGGCAGAUGGAUAGCAAGUGGGGAGGCAAAUCCGAAUCCAUCCACGUGACCCUCAAUGUGGAGCAGGCCUGUUACACCCGGGAUGCGCUCGCCAAGGCCCUGCACUCCCGGGUUUUUGAUUUCUUGGUAGAUUCGAUCAAUAAAGCCAUGCAGAAAGACCAUGAAGAAUACAACAUUGGCGUCCUAGACAUCUAUGGCUUUGAAAUAUUCCAGAAAAAUGGCUUUGAACAGUUUUGUAUCAAUUUUGUUAAUGAAAAACUGCAGCAGAUUUUUAUUGAACUGACAUUAAAGGCGGAACAGGAAGAAUAUGUUCAAGAGGGAAUAAGAUGGACACCCAUUGAGUACUUUAAUAAUAAAAUUGUAUGUGACCUCAUAGAGAACAAAGUGAACCCUCCUGGCAUCAUGAGCAUCCUGGAUGAUGUGUGCGCCACGAUGCAUGCGGUUGGUGAGGGGGCAGAUCAGACACUGCUCCAGAAACUUCAGAUGCAGAUUGGGAGUCAUGAGCACUUCAACAGUUGGAACCAAGGCUUCAUCAUUCAUCAUUAUGCUGGGAAGGUAUCCUAUGACAUGGAUGGCUUUUGUGAAAGGAACCGGGAUGUGCUUUUUAUGGAUCUCAUUGAGCUUAUGCAGAGCAGUGAGCUGCCUUUCAUAAAGUCUUUAUUUCCGGAAAAUCUGCAAGCUGACAAGAAAGGGCGCCCAACUACUGCCGGAAGCAAAAUAAAGAAACAAGCCAAUGACCUCGUGAGCACCCUGAUGAAAUGUACGCCUCACUACAUUCGCUGCAUCAAGCCAAAUGAAACCAAGAAGCCCAGAGACUGGGAGGAAAGCAGGUAUAGGGGGAAACCAAGCCUUACUGGGGAGACGGCUGUCAGGAACCUGCGUGACAUCGGAAUGAGGAUGCUUCUGAUGGCCUCUUCAGCUCCGCAGCUCCUGAAGGCCCAUUUUGCUGAGUGCGUUAGCCCCACUGUCAGCACAGAUAACCCCAGAUCUUCCACAAUGCUAUUUUUAGACAGUGGUAGAAAGAGUACGCAGGUUUUCACCAGGGUGUUGACAAGGGAAUGCUGGGAAAGGGAAGCAGCGGGAGGCAGCUCUGGAACGGGCAUCCCAGACUGGGGAUUUUUGCAGUCAUGGCGGUCCAUGCCUGAGCCUUCGAACAGCUGGUAUGCCAUUCUGACCAAAGCCACCUGGCCCUCUUGGCAGGGAGAUGAGAAGCAAGGCGUCCUGCACCUGCUGCAGUCGGUCAACAUGGACAGCGACCAGUUCCAGCUGGGGAGGAGUAAAGUGUUCAUCAAAGCCCCCGAGUCUCUAUUUCUUUUAGAAGAGAUGAGAGAGAGAAAGUAUGAUGGAUAUGCUCGAGUGAUACAGAAAUCAUGGAGGAAAUUUGUGGCCCGGAAGAAAUAUGUUCAAAUGAGAGAAGAAGCCUCAGACAUCUUACUGAACAAGAAGGAGAGAAGAAGAAACAGUAUUAACAGGAACUUUAUAGGGGAUUACAUUGGGAUGGAGGAGCACCCAGAGCUCCAGCAGUUCGUGGGCAAGAGGGAGAAGAUUGAUUUUGCAGACACAGUCACCAAGUACGACAGGAGGUUCAAGGGUGUAAAGCGAGACCUGCUUCUUACCCCAAAGUGCUUGUACUUAAUCGGACGAGAAAAGGUCAAACAGGGUCCAGACAAGGGCCUGGUGAAAGAAGUCCUGAAGCGGAAAAUCGAGAUAGAACGGAUCUUGUCUGUGUCCCUCAGUACUAUGCAGGAUGACAUUUUUAUUCUCCAUGAGCAAGAGUAUGACAGUUUGCUUGAAUCUGUCUUCAAAACUGAAUUCCUAAGCCUCUUAGCAAAGCGUUACGAGGAGAAAACCCAGAAGCAACUACCUCUGAAAUUCAGCAAUACGCUUGAACUGAAGUUGAAAAAGGAGAACUGGGGUCCCUGGAGUGCGGGGGGCUCCCGGCAAGUGCAGUUCCACCAAGGCUUUGGGGACCUGGCUGUACUCAAGCCCAGUAACAAAGUGCUGCAGGUCAGCAUUGGACCUGGACUGCCCAAGAACUCCCGUCCUACCAGAAGGAACACUACCCAAAAUAGAGGUUAUUCCGGUGGGACUCAAAAUGCCAACUACCCGAUGAGAGCGGCCCCUCCUCCCCCAGGAUACCAUCAGAACGGAGUCAUCAGAAACCAGUUCGUGCCACAUCCCGACGCUCCUGGAAGCCAGAGGGCCAGUCAGAAAAGCCUGUACACCUCCAUGGCCCGCCCGCCCUUGCCACAGCAGCAGUCUACUGGUUCAGACCGAGUGUCACAGACGCCAGAGAGCCUGGAUUUCCUCAAGGUCCCGGACCAGGGAGCUGCAGGGGUCAGGAGACAAACGACCAGUAGGCCUCCCCCAGCAGGGGGCAGACCCAAGCCCCAGCCCAAGCCCAAGCCUCAGGUGCCACAGUGCAAGGCUUUGUAUGCCUAUGACGCUCAGGACACAGACGAACUCAGCUUUAAUGCCAAUGACAUUAUUGAUAUUAUCAAAGAAGAUCCUUCUGGCUGGUGGACGGGUCGACUACGAGGCAAGCAGGGCCUGUUCCCCAACAACUAUGUGACCAAGAUCUGAGGCGCCCAUGACUCUGACGCAUGGGGCAGAGGAGCUCCAGGCACAGACCAGGGGAGGAGAUAUUUAGGGGCUCCCCUUACAAUCCACAAUGAGCAACUGCUUCUCCAAGGCCUGGAGCUAUUCUGGUACCUUCCCCAUGGAGGACACUGAAAAGACUGGGUUGGGGACAGGGAGUAUCACUCCGUAAGUGAUCCUAAAAGGUAGCCUCUUCAUAGGAACCCAGGAGGGCAAAACCACCAUGCAUUAAGAUUUAUUUAUUGUAUUUAAACCUGGUGAGAGGACAAGUGAGGUCUGCUCAGACCUUAUAGGCUUCUAUCAAAACAGCACCCGGCUUGCUCACCAGGCCUAGGGAAUGGCUGUAGGCGGCCGCUGACAAGUGCCUUUAGUUGAAGAGCACAUUUCUUUCAUCUCUUUUGUCCGUACCUGAUAUACACAUUCCUCUCUGCCACCUUCCCUCAGGGAGGACCCGCCCUCUGCAGACUGGGCUCAGCGUGAGCAGGCACUUCCCACGCACAUGCCAAGGGCAAGCUGGCCUGCUGAGCCCAGGGGGACAGCGGGGCACUGGUUUACACUUUGCCGGGACCAUCAGGGCCGCCAAGCAGGUCAGGGGCUGGGGGCUGGGGGCUGGGCUGCCGGCUUUGCUUUCUCUGGGUCUUCAGUUGGAAUGUGGCUGGCCCAUGUUGGUUUGUGUUUAAAUGCUGUACUUAUUACAAGAAGGAUCUUUUUUCAAGCUGUACAUUUAUAAAAACAGAUCAUAUACUGUAUAUAUAAAAAUCUUGAGAUGGUAGAAACAUGUAUGAAUGUACUAAGUAGUAGUCCACUGUACUCAUUCAUAAGGUAGGUUUUCUUACAAAACUCACACCAGGUACUUACAGAUGUGCCCUGCUCUUUUCCAAUUAGGGAAUGUCAUUGCUUUCUAGCUCAGUCCCUGCACUCUUCUCAACUCUUUCUCUAUAGGAAACUUCCUCCGCAUCCCGCCCCCACCUCCUAAAUAAAUAAAGGAAUCCGCGAACACC